AUGCCAACCAGAGGCAUAUACCCCUAUAAUCUGGGGUCGUUUGGGAAGACUGUCACCACCAACAGUCCGGAGGCACAAAUCUGGUUCAAUCGUGGUCUCACGUGGGCCUAUUCCUUCAAUCAUAAGGAAUCAGUUGUAUGCUUCCAACAAGUACUGGUGCAUGAUGCAUCCUGUGCGAUGGCUUAUUGGGGGUUGGCCUACUCUCUCGGUCCCAACUACAAUCAACCUUGGGCUUUUCUCGGCAAUGAUCUAGCAUCUGUGGUUGAAAGAACCUAUUGGGCCGCACAGAAGGCCGUGACCCUCUCCUCCAAUGCGUCACCCGUGGAGCAAGCCUUGAUUAAAGCCCUAACUGCUCGCUAUCAAAGUGACAAGCCUGCCAGCAUGGAGCAGUUGGCAGCUCAAAAUAUCGCGUAUGCUGAUGCAAUGAAGGAGGUCUAUGCUCAGUUCGGCGAUGAUUUGGACGUGGUCACUUUAUACGCUGAUUCUAUGAUCAACCUUACCCCCUGGAAGCUGUGGAAUCUGGUAACUGGAAAGCCAAACCCGGAAGCGCGGACCAUGGAGGUCAAAUCUGUACUUGAGAAGGCACUCGAGACUAAACAGUCGACCAAACACCCCGGUCUCUUGCAUAUCUAUAUUCAUUUAAUCGAGAUGUCUCCAUUCCCAGAAUUGGGACUGCGACCCGCUGAUUAUCUCCGGGACCUUGUUCCGGAUGCCGGCCACGUCAAUCAUAUGCCUUCGCACCUGGAUGUCUUGGUUGGUGAUUAUCGAAGUGCCGUUCGUGCGAAUCAGCGCGCAGCAAUUGCAGAUGAGAAAUAUUUGGGACGAGAAGGGCCCUUUAACUUUUACUCCGUCUAUCGGAUGCACACAUAUCACUCGCUCAUCUAUGCAGCGAUGUUCGCAGGCCAGAAGCAGACAGCCCUUGACGCUGUUGAGCGCAUGGAGGCGACUUUGCCAAAGAAAUUGCUUGCUGCAAUGGCAGACUUCAUCGAAAUUUUCAUGUCUGUGCGUGUGCAUGUAAUGGUACGAUUCGGCAUGUGGGAAGAGAUCAUCCAGACCCCGAUUCCUACAGAGCCAGAAAUAUAUUGCAUGACAAUAGCAACCUGGCACUACGCCAAGGGUGUGGCAUUCGCAGCCACUGGAAAGGUCCCGGAGGCAGAAGAGCAGCGGGAGCUGUACAGAGAAGCUCGGAAACGGGUCCCAGACACGCGUCUAGACUGGCCUAACAAAUGCGUUGACAUUCUCGGCGUGGCUUCAGAAAUGCUGGAUGGUGAGAUUGAGUAUCGUCGCGGCAACUACACGGAGGCUUUCGAGCACCUGCGUCGGUCGAUUGAAUUGGAUGAUGGGCUGGGGUAUGCCGAGCCUUGGAGCUGGAUGCAGCCCACGCGCCAUGCAUACGCUGCUCUGCUGCUGGAGCAAGGACACGUCGAGGACGCAGCGGCUGUUUAUCGUGCUGAUCUGGGCCUAGACGGCACUCUUAUUCGUGCCCGCCAACACCCGAACAACGUGUGGGCUUUGCAGGGCUACCAUGAAUGCUUGGUACGUCUUGGAAAGACCGAAAUGGCUCAAGUGAUUGCGCCUCAGCUGGCAAUAGCAGUUGCUGUGGCUGAUGUUCCUGUGACUUCUUCCUGCUUCUGUCGAUUGGAUACUUCACAGGCGCCAGAUGUCAGCAAUGGUUGCUGUAAAUAA